AUGAAACUAAAUGAACUUGAAUAUCUCACAACAAGACAAAUGGUUAAUGUUGAAGUCAUUUUGACCUUGGGUAAUGAGAAACCAAAGGAAGUAACCAAACGAGAUAGCAAAGCUGGUUAUGUUAAAGAAGAUUGUGUUGCCGAGGAUGAAUCCGGAUCAUCCAAUUUCGAAUUGGAUAAUGUGAAAGGUGACUGGCUACUGUUGGCUGCAGAAAAGGAAAUCAUUGUGGAGGAGUUCAAAAUGGUUGAUAAAAUGAGUUCAUUCCUCAUCUGCCAAGCAAAAACCUGCAACAAACAUAUGCCAACUCCAGCAAUUGGACCACGUUUUUCAAAUGUGAAGCAUGUGGAACAUCUCAAAAGGUGA